GGAGGAACCCGCGGUCCCGCCGCCGUGGCCCGAGGGCCCCCGGGGCAUGGCCGCUGGGCCCCCGGUGGAGGAACGCUUCCGCCAGAUGCACCUCCGAAAGCAGGUGUCCUACAGGACUUGCAAGCCCGAGGCCGGCAGCCUGGAGCUGGAGCCAGAGCCGGGGCUCGCCUGCCCACGGGGACCCAGGCCCCCACCUGCUCGCCCACCUCCUGCCUGCCACCCUGCCUUCCAGAUCAGCCACCUGCUGCCCCUGCCAUGGAGACCUUCUUUAGGAGACACUUCCAGCGGAAGGUGCCAGGCCCUGGAGAGGGGCAGCGGCGGCCCGGUGGUGUGGGGCUGCCCACGGGCAAGGCCCGACGCCGCUCCCCUGCCGGCCAGGCCUCAUCCUCCCUGGCACAGCGGCGCCGCUCCAGCGGCCAGCUCCAGGGCUGCCUCCCGGUCUGCGGGGUGGGGGCCCAGGGCACCCGCCGCCGGCGCUCCAGCACCGCACCCCCCUCCUGCAACCCCCGCUUCCUCGUGGACGAGGUGCCCACCGCACAGCCUGCCACUGGUGGGGCCCGGCUUCUGGGCGCACCCCUGCUGUUGGCCGGGCUUGUGGGCAUGAAUGAGGAGGAGGAGGGGGAGAGGGUCCAGAAGGACAUGACAGUUGCGGCAUUGAGUGCCACCCAGCCAGGUGCCGAGAGCCCAGGGUGCCCCCCGCCCCAGGCCGCCCGGGCCCUGCUGCCUGUGCCACGGUGCCUGCGCCGGCGCCGCACCUCCUCCCACCUGCUCCCUGCGGACGUGGUGUACGACUGUGCCCGCUGGGGCCUGCACGGUUACUACAGCUGCCUCAGCCAGCAGCGGCCCGGGGGCCAGCACCCUGGCCCCAUGAUGCCCGCCCGUGUGCGCCCGCUCUCCCGCAGGCGCCAGGUAGCCCUACGGCGCAAGUCAGCCGGACCCCAGGCCUGGAGCGCCCUGCUUGCGAAAGCCAUCACCAAGUCGGGCCUUCAGCACCUGGCCCCCCCUCCUCCCACUCCCGGGGCCCCGUGCAGCGAGCCAGAGCGGCAGAUCCGGAGCACUGUGGACUGGAGCGAGUCGGCGACAUAUGGGGAGCACAUCUGGUUCGAGACCAACGUGUCGGGGGACUUCUGCUAUGUUGGGGAGCAGUACUGUGUAGCUAAGAUGCUGCAGAAAUCGGUGUCCCGGAGAAAGUGUGCAGCCUGCAAGAUCGUGGUGCACACCCCCUGCAUCGCUCAGCUGGAGAAGAUCAACUUCCGCUGUAAGCCGUCCUUCCGUGAGUCGGGCUCCAGGAACAUCCGUGAGCCAACCUUUGUGCGGCACCACUGGGUACACAGGCGGCGCCAGGAUGGCAAGUGUCGGCACUGUGGGAAGGGCUUCCAGCAGAAGUUCACCUUCCACAGCAAGGAGAUUGUGGCCAUCAGUUGCUCCUGGUGCAAGCAAGCCUACCACAGCAAGGUAUCCUGCUUCAUGCUGCAGCAGAUUGAGGAGCCGUGCUCCCUGGGGGUACACGCUGCCGUGGUCAUCCCACCCACCUGGAUCCUCCGGGCCCGCAGGCCCCAGAAUACCCUCAAGGCAAGCAAGAAGAAAAAGAGAGCAUCCUUCAAGAGGAAAUCCAGCAAGAAAGGGCCCGAGGAGGGCCGCUGGAGACCCUUCAUCAUCAGGCCCACCCCGUCCCCCCUCAUGAAGCCCCUGCUGGUGUUUGUGAACCCCAAGAGUGGGGGCAACCAGGGCGCCAAGAUCAUCCAGUCCUUCCUCUGGUAUCUCAAUCCCCGCCAAGUCUUUGACCUGAGCCAGGGAGGGCCCAAGGAGGCGCUGGAGAUGUACCGCAAGGUGCACAACCUGCGGAUCCUGGCGUGCGGGGGCGACGGCACGGUCGGCUGGAUCCUCUCCACUCUGGACCAGCUCCGCCUAAAGCCGCCGCCGCCUGUCGCCAUCCUGCCUCUGGGCACUGGCAACGACCUGGCCCGCACCCUCAACUGGGGUGGGGGCUACACAGAUGAGCCCGUGUCCAAGAUCCUCUCCCACGUAGAGGAGGGGAACGUGGUGCAGCUGGACCGCUGGGACCUCCGCGCUGAGCCCAACCCCGAGGCGGGGCCUGAGGAGCGUGACGACGGUGCCACCGACCGGCUGCCCCUGGAUGUCUUCAACAACUACUUCAGCCUGGGCUUUGAUGCCCACGUCACCCUGGAGUUUCAUGAGUCUCGAGAGGCCAACCCAGAGAAAUUCAACAGCCGCUUUCGGAACAAGAUGUUUUAUGCCGGGACAGCUUUCUCCGACUUCCUGAUGGGCAGCUCCAAGGACUUAGCCAAGCACAUCCGGGUGGUGUGUGAUGGAACUGACCUGACGCCCAAGAUCCAGGACCUGAAACCCCAGUGCAUCGUUUUCCUCAACAUCCCCAGGUACUGCGCGGGCACCAUGCCCUGGGGCCACCCUGGGGAGCACCACGACUUCGAGCCCCAGCGGCACGAUGAUGGCUACCUCGAAGUCAUCGGCUUCACCAUGACAUCCCUGGCAGCGCUGCAGGUUGGUGGGCAUGGCGAGCGGCUGACGCAGUGCCGUGAGGUGGUGCUCACCACGUCCAAGGCUAUCCCAGUGCAGGUGGACGGCGAGCCCUGCAAGCUCGCGGCCUCCCGCAUUCGCAUCGCCCUGCGCAACCAGGCCACCAUGGUGCAGAAGGCCAAGCGGCGGAGCGCCGCCCCCCUGCACAGCGAUCAGCAGCCGGUGCCGGAGCAGCUGCGGAUCCAGGUGAGCAGAGUCAGCAUGCACGACUACGAGGCCCUGCAUUACGACAAGGAGCAGCUCAAGGAGGCCUCGGUGCCCCUGGGCACUGUGGUGGUCCCAGGAGACAGCGACCUCGAGCUCUGCCGGGCGCACAUCGAGAGGCUCCAGCAGGUGAGGGGGGCCGGGAGCCUGCCCUGGGCCGCCCCAGCUGCUCGAGGGCUGCUCUCUGCCAGCCCCGGCCUGUGCUUCUCUCAACAGGAGCCCGAAGGUGCUGGAGCUGGGUCCCCAACGUGCCAGAAACUUUCCCCCAAGUGGUGCUUCCUCGAUGCCACCACUGCCAGCCGCUUCUACAGGAUCGACCGGGCCCAGGAACACCUCAACUAUGUGACUGAGAUCGCACAGGACGAGAUUUAUAUCCUGGACCCAGAGCUGCUGGGGGCAUCAGCCCGGCCGGACCUCCCAACCCCGACGUCCCCUCUCCCCACCUCCCCCUGCUCACCCACGCCCCGGUCACUGUCAGGGGAUGCUGCAGCUCCUAAAGGUGAAGAGCUGAUCGAGGCCACCAAGAGGAACGACUUCUGUAAGCUCCAGGAGCUGCACCGAGCCGGGGGCGACCUCAUGCACCGGGACGAACGGAGCCGCACGCUCCUGCACCACGCCGUCAGCACCGGCAGCAAGGACGUGGUCCGCUACCUGCUGGACCACGCCCCUCCAGAAAUCCUUGACGCCGUGGAGGAAAACGGGGAGACGUGUCUGCACCAGGCGGCAGCCCUGGGCCAGCGCACCAUCUGCCACUACAUCGUUGAGGCAGGGGCCUCUCUCAUGAAGACAGACCAGCAGGGCGACACUCCCAGGCAGCGGGCUGAGAAGGCUCAGGACACCGAGCUGGCCGCCUACCUGGAGAACCGGCAGCACUACCAGAUGAUCCAGCGGGAGGACCAGGAGACGGCUGUGUAGCUGUGGGGCCCGCGAGGGCGGCAGGACGCCGGCCAGAGGACCGGGCCCUCCUGCCCGCCUCACUGCCACAUUCCAGUUGGACUGCCACGGGGGGACCCAGGCCCCAGGGAAGGAGCCCCGGGCUGCCCCCUGAGGAGCCGCCAGACCUAGGGCUGGACUCUGAGGAGCUGGGGGGCUCACCUGUCCCCCUGAGGCCCCAGUCUGACUACAGCCUCACAGGGGAACAGGAAACUGGACUGGGCUGGGCAUGCCUUUGGGGGCUGGGCCUGGGCCACCUCAGGGCGGCCCUUCCUGGGGUUUAGGGGGCAGGGUGGGGCACAGGGGCUUGAGGCCCUAUUGGGGAGCCUGCAGGAAGAGGUUUCCUAAGCCCCCGGGGCCUUUCAGAGCCCCCUUUGAGGCUCUGGCCCUCUGUGCCCUGACCCCACCCUCCCCAGGGCCUCCUCCCGGAAACGGAGCCGCUGCAUUUGCCUGCCCACUGCCCUGCUUGGCACCUACCCCGUGACCCUCCCCAUGUACCCAGUCAUUGCAACGCCGACUGUGUGGCCUGGGGGCUGGGGUGGGCUCUCACGGUGACAUGUUUACAGCUGGGUGUGACUCAGUAAAGUGGACUUUUUUCCUUUC